AUGGCAACGCAAGAUGAUUUCGCAGCAGCUAAGUACCAUGUCCCAGUUGCUGUCUACUGUGGGACCAUUCCCAAAUUCAAACCCAGAUACACAGUUCUGCGAAGUGGAAGCGUUGAUUCGGACUUGCAGUUUUGUGGCAGCAGCUGGACCACUGAAGAACAAGCUCCUUUUCAGCCCAUAUUAAUAACCCAGAUGAAGAAGCAGCCGAGUUUAUGGGAUGGGGGUGGAGCUGGGAAACCUCCAUCCCCAAGGUCCAACUCUCCCCUGGAUGACUGCGUCAGCAAGUCUAGCGUGCAUGACCUCAGUGCUGGGGAUGGAGGUGAUCUCUCCCAGCUUUCUCAUCGAGCCUUGACCCCAGACCCCCAAGAGGCUGAGGUGAUCAGCGCUGCCCUGGAAACUACUCAGAUCAAUGACAAGCUGAAGAUGAGGAUGUCUGAGGAUCUGUUAGCCUCACAGGCUGGCCUAACUGACUGCAGUGACCCUGAGGGGGUUACCCUGAAGCCAGUAGUUUCCAGGUCAGCUGCCCAGAGGCUCCUGGUAACCUCCAAGCCCCUGCCUCCCAUCCAGAACAGCUUUCCUUCCUCAGAGCCCAGCAGGAUGAGCAAUGGAGAGCAGGAGCAUGGGGGAAAUGGCACAGGCUGUGAUGACAGUGAUGGGAGUAACAAGGAGCUGAUGUCAGAUGGAAAAGGAUAUAAAGCUUCCCUGCUGCCCUUGUGUUGCAGUGGUGAGGGCAGGAAGAAGUCACUGGGACCGGCUUUGAUUCCCCCUAUCCCUAAGUCUGCGAGACCAUCUGAUGGGGCUCCUGGCAGCGCUGCAGUGCCUCUCCCAAGCUCUCAGCACCUGGCUUUCGAAGAGGCCCCGGAGAUGAGAAAGGAUGUGUGUAACAGUGAGAGCCACUUAGCUCUAAAAGGAGAGGCAGCAGAAUUGGAUAUAAGGCCCAAAUUGAAGAAUGACUCCUGUGUUUCAGCUGGAGCUCUGUGUGACUCCAUCAACGGAAAGUUUAAUGGCCAGGAAGAAGUGAAGAGAAGACCCUUGAACAUCGAGUCUAUAUCUGUGCCGUAUCAGAGCUCCAGGCUCUUGCCGGCUCUCCAGCAUCGUGGUGUUGGUGGCGUGAAGUCUGCCGGACAUUUAUGUGAACCUGUGCCCCUGUUAACAGGCCUCCCGCUCAUCCAGACCAAGCAGACGGAUCAUCUCAUCAGCCCCCACCUUCUGAGUGACGACGACUCAAAGGAUAGCAGCGGAAGGAUCCGUAUUACCUUGUCCAAGUCAGCUCAGAAGAAAAUAUACCAGAAACGAAUGAGAGAGAUGGAGCUUUUGCUUAGAGCGAGGGAGAAAGAGAGAGAAAAGGAAAAAUCCUUGCAGCUCCCUACACAGAAUGUUGACCCUGGGGAUGCAGCCGAAGAAAGCUUUGGCGCACCGCCUGUCAACAGGACAGUUUCCAUUUUCCCCAGCACGAGCAAUGAACGCAGAGCGCGCGCUGGUACUGCCUUGACAAAGCGCGUCAACAGGCCCUCACUGCCCAGCAUCCCCACCAUCAGCCGGGGUGGCAGCUUCCCGCGCAGCUCCUCAGUGAACUCGCUGCCGGCCAUUGCUCUGGACUUCCUGGAUUGGGGAGAGGAGUCAGAGUGUGGGGGUGCCCAGGAAGCCAGACCCCUCCCUAACCCACAGCAGGGGCUGCUCAAUGCGCUCACAUGCCUCAGCAACGACGACUGGCAGGAGAAGGCGAAGGGACUCUUCAGCGUCAGACGCCUGGCUAUCUGCCACUCAGAAGUCCUUCUUUGUAGACUUCAUGAUGUUUCCUUGGCAGUUACCAAAGAGGUGAACAACCUCCGCUCGAAGGUGUCUCGCUUUGCAAUCAGCGUUCUUGGAGAGCUCUUCAGGACCCUGAAGAAGCACAUGGACCACGAGGUGGAUGAGGUUGCUCGGGUCUUGCUCCAGAAGAUGGGGGACUCCAGCGAGUUCAUUCAGAAAGCAGCCAAUAAAUCCCUGGGGAUCAUGGUGGGGAGCGUGACUCCUGCCCGAGCAAUGACUGCUCUCAUGGCUAGUGGAAUCCAACACCGCAACGUCCUGGUGCGGAAGUGUGCAGCUGAACACCUCCUGACCACGAUGGAGCGAAUUGGAGCUGAGAAGCUCCUGUCGGGCACAGGUGAUAGUACUGAGCUGCUGGUGCGUGCGGUGGUGAAGCUUGCUCAGGACUGUAAUCCGGACACAAGGUGUUAUGGACGGAAGAUGCUGAAUAUAUUGAUGAAUCAUCAAAAAUUUGAUAGGUAUUUGAAACGGUCUGCCCCCUCACGUGAUUUGGAAGAUGUUAUGGCAAGACUUAAGCAGAAAGGAAUAGAAGACCAUAAAUUUGAACCUCGAUCUACCAAGGACCCCAAGAAGUCUAGGAACAAAGGCUUGAUGAUGCUCCAGGACAACUUGCCUUCUGUUGAAGGGUCUGGCUCUGAUGUACUCGUCUUACCCCGUCUGACAGUCCCUCGUCGCACGUCACUUCGGACUGCGGAAGAAACUGAACAGCUCAAGGAGCUUUACAGGCUCCUGACAGCCACGGAGUUUCAGACCCGAAUGGAGGGAGUGGUUGUCCUCCUCAAUCACUGCAAAAGCAGCCCCCAGUUCAUCUCCACUAACAUUGUUCAGAUUUUUGAUGUAUUUGUCCUGAGACUUCAGGAUUGCAAUAAGAAAGUGAACCAGCAGGCACUGGAGGCGCUGGCUUCGAUGACACCCCUGCUCAGAGAUGCCUUACACCCAGUGCUGGUCUCUCUGGUAGCAGCAGUCACUGAUAACCUGAACUCAAAGCACUCAGGGAUUUAUGCUGCAGCUGUGAAAGCGCUGGAAGCAUCCAUUGCUCACCUAGAUAAGACAUCGCUCCUGCAGGCGUUUGCCCACCGAGUGCGUUACCUCAGCGGCCAAGCUCUGCUGGAUGUCACAGAGCGUCUCUCAGUGCUCGUGGCAUCUGUUUAUCUCCGGAAACCCCAAGCCGUCAAGCGCUAUGCCCUGCCCACGCUCUGGUUCUUACUGGGAAACAGGGCCCUGCCUGUCCGAAGCGGCAAUGUCAGGGCUGUGGUCGUCAAGCUCGCGGAAAGCCUCUACCAGGUGAUGGGCUCCAGGCUGAAGGAGUAUGCUGCCAGCCAGCCUCCGCAUGUGAUGAAAAACCUCUGGCACGUUUUGGGCCAGGUGAAGGCUUGA